AUGAGGAACUCUGUCUCCGCCGCCUUUGCCGUCUCCCCCUCCUCUGCUCUCUCCGCCAUAUCCGCCGCGUCCGCCGCGUCCGCCGCUUCCGCCGUCUCCCCCUCCCCGUUCUCUCCGCCGUCUCUCUUCUCCCUUCAACCCCGCGCCACUAACGCCAGUGCCAGGCUUGUUCAGGCGCUUCCGCAGGUGUGUGUGGGGUCGGGGCUGAGGGGGAAUGGUCCUAUGGGGCCUCGUCUCUCUCACAUCCGGUUUUCUUCCGCCCCUCCGUCUCUUGCUCUGCCGCUGCUCUCCCUGCUUGAUUCCCAGCCUCGAUUCGCUCACCUGGAGCAUCUGAAUCUGAAAAUCGCAUCUGCUCCCCUCCCAUCCCUCGGUUCUUACUCCGUUCCUCCCUCUGCCACUCGGUGUUCCGCUCUUUUUCUCACUCUCUCCCCUCUUGAGCCCCCAGCCACGAUUCGCUCACCUGGAGCAUCUCAAUCUGGAGUUCGCCCAGCCAAUCACAGACGCGGAUCUGCUGCUGCUGGAGGGGAAGGUGGGUGCGUGCGUCCCCUCGUGUCUCUCAAUCUCAACGCCUGCCAGCAAGUCACGGACCAAGGGGUCACCACUGCUGCCAAGCUGCUGACUAACCUCCGCUCCUUCUCCCUCUACUGGAACCUCAGGGUGACUGAUUCAGGGGUGAAGCAAGUGGUGCUGCGCUGCUCCUCGUUACAGUCACUCAACCUUAGCGGAUGCAAGAACAUCACCGACUCAUCGCUUCGCUUCAUUAGCACCUCACUUCCGCACCUCAAGUCCCUCAACCUCACUCGUUGUGUGCAAGCGACCGACACGGGUCUCAAGCACAUCACAGCAGGAUGCACCCAGUUGGAGGAGCUGUUGCUUUACGCCCUCUCCAGCUUCACAGACGAGUCUCUGGCAACCAUCGGGCAGCUAUCUCACCUGCGAGUGCUUGACUUGUGUGGCAUGAAGCAUCUGACGGACCAAGGACUGGAGGGCAUCUCACGCUGCUCUAACCUCAUAUCUCUCAACCUCUCCUGGUGUGUGCUUAUAACGGAUCAAGGCCUCAUCAAACUGGCAUCCUCCUGUCAUGAUCUCGAGCUAUUGAGUCUGCACGGCAUAAGGGGGGUCACAGAUGCGGCCAUGUCUGCCCUCUCUGCCUCUUCCCGUACCUCCCUGCAAACAUUGGACGUCAAUGGCAGUGUGGGAAUACAGGGUCGUUCUCACGACCAGCUGAACCUGCUUUUUCCACGGCUCACGUGUUUCACCGUUCAUAAAUAG